AUGGGCGAUCAGUGUAGUCUGCGUCUGAUCCGGGUAUGCCAAGCCCUGUCAACCACUGAGCUGGAACUAACCUCGCCAUGUCAGGAGCUGCACCAACUUGAGCGGAGUGAACACUUCGCGUUCACCGUCCGCUAUGACGAAAGCAACAUACGUGAUAUCCUGGCCAUCAUCGUCGGACCUCCAGGUACUCCUUAUGAACUCGGAUUCUUUGAGUUCUCGAUCAAAGUUCCGAUAGGUGAGAUAGCCGUGGAGAGCCCAGCCACACCAUCUACUGAUCACAGUUCCUUAGAUUAUCCAGCCAACCCUCCCAGAGUCCAGAUCAAAACGACCAACAGAGGGCGAACAAGAUUUGGCCCCAACCUCUAUGCCAGCGGCAAAGUCUAUCCAUCCUGGGGUCAGUGA